ACGAUGACUUCCGGUAGCGGGUGUAGCUUUCUGUCGGAGCUCUAGACGAAUACAAAGUGUUUAUCUACUCCGCCUGAACUCGGAGUCUGAAGGCUUGGGUUUAUUUUCCUGCUAGGGUUUUGGUUUUAUUUAUUUAGAGAAGAUAACAGCUUUAUCUGUGUGUACACACACACACACACAGAGAGAGAGAGAGAGAGAGAGAGAGAGAGAGAGAGAGAGAGAUCUUACACAGAGAUGGGCUUCAGGAAGAAGAACAAAAGUCCUCCGGUUCUGAGCCAUGAGUUUGUGAUCCAGAAUCACGCCGAUAUGGUUUCCUGUGUGGCCAUGAUCAUCCUGCUGGGGCUCAUGUUCGAGGUUACGGCGAAGUUCGCCAUCAUGUUCAUCACCGUGCAGUACAACGUCACCCAGACAUCAGAUACAGAGGAGAAGCCGGAGUCGGUGAACGUUUAUCAGUACGGCCCCAAAGACAUGGCUACCGUCUUCUUCUACCUGCUGAUCGCCAUCAUACUCCACGCUCUCAUCCAGGAGUACGUACUGGACAAAAUAAAUCGGCGUCUGCACUUGUCCAAAACGAAGCACAGCAAGUUUAACGAAUCGGGGCAGCUGGCGGCGUUUUACUUCUCCUCCUUCAUGUGGGGCUGCAGCAUCCUGACGGCGGAGGAGUUUGUGACCAAUCCGACAUUCCUGUGGGAAGGUUAUCCUCACACACGCAUGGCUUUUCAGGUGAAGUUCUUCUACAUCUGUCAGAUAGCGUACUGGUUCCACGCUCUGCCGGAACUUUACUUCCAGAAAGUCCGAAAGGAAGAUGUUCCUCGCCAGCUUUACUACAUCUGCCUUUACAUCUUCCACAUCACCGGUGCCUACGUCCUCAAUCUGCACCGUUUAGGUUUGGUUCUCCUGGUUCCACACUACCUGGUGGAGCUGCUGUUCCACGCGUCUCGUCUCUUCUACUUCAGCAACGAGAACAAGCAGAAAGGGUUUACGCUGUGGGCUCUGCUCUUCGUCGUCGCUCGUCUCCUGACCCUCACUCUCUCCGUCCUGACGUUUGGUUUUGGACUCUCCCGUACAGAUAAUCAGGGCUUUUCUCUGGCUGAGGGAAACUUCAACGUUCUCACCGUGAGGAUGACAUGUCUCUCAGCCAUUUGCUUGACCCAGGCCUGGAUGAUGUGGAAGUUCAUCAACUUCCAGCUGAAGAAGUGGAGAGAGCAGAGUCAGGUCCAGAGCAGCAAGAAGAAGACCGUCAGUCCCAAGAGCAAACACGGCAAGAAGGACUCGUCUCGGGGAGGUUCCGUCAACGGCGUGAUGAAAGCGGAGGACAAAACGUCACCACGAGCCAGAAAAGCCAAAACCUCGUAGAGCGGCGGAGAUCGUCAACGAUGUGGUGUUUUUUGGGUUUUUUUUUUCUCUUUCUUGAUUCCAGCUGUAGAAAGAAAAAAGGUUCUUACUGUCUCCUGAAGAAGCGUUGAAUCACACAGACAGCUUCUACCUGUCCGACAUGGUGGGCUCUGAGGGAUGGGGAGGGGCGUGUUUAGGGAAUUUGUUUUUUUUUUUUUUUUAUCGCAAUUCUUUAAAAUUCUGCACGAUUUACGAUUGAAUUGAUCAGUCCCGGUGUUUGAGAAGAUUUUGGAGUGUGGAGAGGGGAAGCUUGGUACUGAAGUUCUGGUUUGUGUUCCAAGUGAUGAUGUAACUAUCGGUGUUCCCCAGGGGUGUAUAUUAAGACCGAUGUUUUUGUUUUGUUUUCUUUCUCUCUCUCUAUCCUUCAGGGCUUGAUGAGCUUCUUUGAACAUUGGUAGCCCUCCUCAUCCUCAGCAUCAGUCACUGUGUCUCUGUGUAUGCAGAGGCUUAAUUUUUAAAAAAGUGUCCUUUUUGCCUGUUUGUUUGAGAGUCAGCCCUUAGCCACAGAAUCUUUACGGCUAAACCUAUUUUUGGAAAAAGAUUAUGAGCAAAAUGAAAGCUUUCGGUGCUCUCCCCCCAACUCACCAACACCCCGCCCCCCAAACCUCAGCUGUGUAAAUACAGACCGCUUCAUUUUUUUAAAUCAUGACCCUGGCUGGUGUAAGAGCUCCCCCUAGAGGCCUGGAGAACACAAUGCGUCGCCUUUCUCCAUCUGAACCGCCAUUUUUAAGUAUGGUUUUUAAGCAUCGUUUUUACAAAAGCGUCACAGUUUUAAAUUUAACACAGAUUUGAUUUGUCGUUUCGUUUGAAGUAUUAUUUUCGUCUCAAGUUCACUUGACGCACGAACGGAGACUGUAGCACUUUUCCACCGGACAGUAGCGUACGGUAAUAAAACCCACGAUCCCGCACACAUCUUGUUAUUUAUUUUCAAUGCAGAGAUAUAUGGGCGGGGCUAGAAACAG